AUGCCACCCUCCUCAUCUUCUCAUCUAUUUCCAACCUAUACCACCUCCUCCCGAUCGGUUGGCCGACAGUCAGGCAGCCGUAGUGGCUCCCCGUUGACAGAAGCUCCUGGAAACGAGGAACUGCUUCUCGAGCAAAUCCGUUCACUGCAGGCCAAGCUUGCUGAUCUAAAGGGAAAAUACUCAGCAGCUAUGUCCGAACUCUCCGAUUUCAAGCUAGCAGCGACUGCUAAGAAGGGCUGCCGCCAAAAAGGGACUCCCAUCGACCUAGCCACCCAUCUUACCUGUCUCGGUUGCUUCCACCAUGCCUUCUUCUCCACGAUCUUCAACCCCACCCAAGCUCUUGGCCACCCCCAGCCAGAUUUUGCAUACUUCGACCCAAAACGAUAUGAAUCUACCGAAUCGAUCGAAUUGGGACCAGCCACGGAGGUCUAUGUUUGUGUACCCCAGGAAUAUUACCCAUUGAUCCUCUCGAGUGAUGUUUUCGCUUGGCAGUAUGGCAGUGGUGUUAGCUCUGGCUGCUCUUCUGCCAUCCAUUCUGUUCGAGCUGAAGGGCAGGCCCUCUUUCAAAUUAGCUCAGUUUUCUUUCACACCCCGAAGAGUGGCAAGGAUAGUACCACCACGGCUGAAGACGGCGAAGAGACUGAUGCCUCUGCGAGUGAUGCUGGAACCCCUGGCCAUCGAGACUUCCACUUUCCACUUCUAUAA